AUGUACAAUGUGAUAAUACCAACAUACAAUGAGAAGGAUAAUAUUGGAACGCUACUGCUUAUGACAUCUGAUGUUAUGCGUGAGAUUGGAGAGGAGUUUAAGAUAGUGGUUGUUGACGAUGGGAGCCCUGACGGAACCUGUGAUGUUGUAAGGAGGAUGAAGCUUGAUAAUGUGCAUUUGGUGGAGAGGGAAAAGAAGCUUGGCUUGGGAAGUGCGUAUAGAGCGGCGCUUGAGCACUGCGAGCAUGGGUUUACGGUUGUGAUGGAUGGAGACAUGUCUCAUGAUCCGAUGUACAUCAAGGAAAUGAUCAAGAUCCAGAAAGACGGUGCAGAUAUUGUAGCAGGAAGCAGAUAUAGUGGAGGAGGUGUUUCUGGAUGGCCAAUGAGCAGAAAGAUAGUGAGUGUAGGGUCAAACAACUUGGCAAGGAUUUUUUUGGGUAUUGACAUUUCUGAUGUUACGGGGAGUUUCCGGCUGUACAAGACGGAUGUUUUGAAGUUUUUGGUGCAGAAGUCGAGGUGUUUGGGAUAUUCCUUCCAGAUGGAGCUGAUCUGCCUAGCGCUGAGGCAUGGGUUUAAAGUAAGCGAAUGCCCGAUCGUUUUUUAUGAUCGAUGCAGGGGAGUUUCUAAGCUGUCUGUGAUGGAAGUUCUGAUGUAUGCAAAGACGGUAGGUGUUUUGUUUGCAAGCAUUUGA